AUGAAGCAGGUCUUCUGGCGCAUCACCAUCUUCUACGUUUUAGCCACCUUCAUCGUCGGCUUGAUCGUUCCCUCCAACGUGGACUGGUUGCUCGGUGCCUCGGGCGCAAACACCAAGGCUUCGCCGUUAGUCGUGUCCAUCAAGAAUGCGGGUAUCUCGGGCCUGCCGUCUGUCAUGAAUGCCAUUAUCACCAUAUCUGUUACUAACGUUGCCAACUCCGCGGCGUACGGGUCCAGUCGGACGAUCCAAGCCCUGGCGGCGCGCGGCAUGGCACCAAAGUUUCUGGCGUAUAAUGAUACGCAGGGUCGGCCGAUCUACUGUAUUUUCUUACAGAUUAUGUUCGGUUUCCUUGCAUUUAUUAAUGAGGUGACGAGUACCGGAAGUGUGAUUUUCGCCUGGCUCCUCGCUCUCUCCAGGAUUGGCGAUUUCUUUAUCUGGGGAACGUGGACUCAUCACGGUCGCGAUAUCAAGGAACUUGUUUUCGCUGCGCCUUUUUUUGGUGUCAUGAACAGUUAUAUCGGUCACCGUCUGAAUGUUCUCUCUCUGAUUGCCGAGUUCUAUGUCUCGGUUGCGCCGAAGGAUGUCGAAAGUUUCUUCGAGAAUUACCCUGCGGUACCGCUCGUCAUCCUGCUCUUCAUUAUUUGGCAGGAGAUGGAUGUCUUUAGCAAUAUGCGUGAUUGGGCGUUGGGUGUGGAUCUCCCGCCGAAGAUCGAGUAUCCUACCUGGGGAGCCUGGCUCAAGGCUGCGCCUAUGAGGGUCCUGCGCUCGUUUUUCUGA